GAUCAGCAUAUGAUAGUCUCUGUGACUAUCUGUGGAUUAAUCCAUUCCUCUCACUCUCUGAAACGCUUUCUCCAUCUGUAUUUCCUCCCAGCGGUUUGAGAGGGAGAACUAGAAGAUAAAGUGCUUGUGAUGUUGCGUGGGGAUGAUGCCGAAUAUCAGCGCCGCUAUCACACUCUGGGCAGCAACACGCGCCGCCUCUCCAACCCCGACAUGGAGGCCUAUGCUAAGCUCCACAAGAGCGGCGACAUGGAGCAUCAGAGAAACAAAUACCCUCCGCAGCACGCCGCCACGCUGGUCAACACCAACUGUGCACGGCAGCAGCAGCCACAUUACUGGAGUUUUAAGGCGCGGACUCCACGCGGCGCUGCAGGGCUGCAGCAGCAGUCGCUGGGCGAGCAGGUAGGAGGGCGAAUGUGUUAUGCGUCUGCGGAGAAUUUGGAAAGUAUGGCCGAUGCUGAGCUGCCGCUGGGCUUCAGUCGCUCCAACAUCCUCAGACAGAGUCUUCCACUGGCACGAUCGCCCAGCCAGGCUAAACUGAGAGCGCCAGCGGUGUUGUUCUUGCAGUUCGGUGAUGAGACGCGGCGGGUGCACAUCACUCAUGAGCUGACCAGCAUGGAGACGCUUCACGCCCUCCUCGUGCACAUGUUCCCUCAGAAACUGACGAUGGGUGCGUUGCGUUCGCCCGGCACGGCUCUGCUCAUCAAGGACGAGGCACGCAACAUCUUCUACGAGCUGGAGGACCCUCGUGACAUCCACGACCGGUGUCUCAUCAAGAUUUACUGCAGAGAGGCUCCGAUUCGAGACACACACUACAAUGCUCAACACACGGCCCACCCCGUACACCACACACACAUCGCCAACGGAGACCUGCGGAGAGAGCUGGUGUACACCUCGAGGGAAUCGUCUCCCACGCAGCGUUUAAACACACUCCCGUCUUCCUCUCCUCCCUCUGGAUCUCCGUCACGCUCGCAAUCGCGUCUUUCUUACAUGGGUGGGCGUCCUUCCUCUUACGCCGGACCCCAUCCGUCGCCUCAGCUCCACCCCUAUCAGCAACACCACGCCCACCCCGGAGGCCACGCCACCCAUCAGUCUGGCCACACCCAUCCAUCAUUUUGCCCCUCCCCAAGUGCCAUUCUAGAACGGCGUGAUGUGAAACCGGACGAGGAAAUUGCAUCGUCCUCGAAGAGCGUGGUGUUGCUAAAAAAUGAAGCGAUAUACGCAGACCCUUAUUCGCUAGUCCAGGAUCCUCGGCUCAGCGUGGCUUCGCCGCAGGCUCUGGCAUACCGCCGCGGAUCUGUGCGCUCUAUUGGUGGCUACCCCGCUGCGGCAUUGCAAUGUGAGCUCGAGGGCGCCCUCUACAGGCCUGGCGGUCCUAUAUACGCAGAUCCAUAUGCUACGAUGGGUUUCCGCACCUUACCUCCAGCCUCGCCUCAAAAACUGUCUGAUGGCAGGGAUCCGUAUGGGAGCCACCCGGGACGAGGGUCCCCUGGGAGACAUGGGUUUCGUAAAGAUGGCACUGUGUACAUAGAGAGUCCCAAGAAUCGUCCAGGAGGGCCACCUCUAGAACAGAUAUGCAUGCUUGGGGGCCCCGGAGGAGAUGGAGGGCCGGUGCCAGUGUACGGCUCAACAUUACCUGGUAACGGAGAGACCAGAGAGCGAAUGGAGGCCAUGGAGAAGCAGAUAGCCAGUUUAACCGGACUGGUUCAGAGUGUUUUGACCCGAGGACCAGACAGCCCUGAGAAAGCAGAAACAGCGAGUGACUGUUCUGCACCGGAGAGUGAGUACCAUACGUUGCAGAAUCAGGACUCUGUUCAGGCGUUACUGAGACAGACGGAGUCUGAUCUGGGGAUGUGUCUGAUCGAGGCGUCUCGCACACAAGAAGAUCCAUUACAGCGGCAGCGUCUUCUUGUUGAGGAGGAGAGGCUGCGCUACCUUAAUGAAGAAGAACUUAUUAUACAACAACUACACGAUCUCGAGCGCUCAGUGGAGGAGAUGAGGACGGGGGCGGGGCUUAACCAUCACCUGGUGACCGAACAGGAAAUAGAACAGAAGAGUCUGGAGCUCAGGAGACUGGGAGAGACCGUCACUGACCUCAAGAAUCAGUUCCCCACUUUACAAAGUAAGAUGCGUGUGGUGUUGAGGGUGGAGGUGGAAGCCGUCAAGUUUCUGAAAGAGGAACCGCUCAGACUGGAGGCCCUGUUGAAGCGCUGCAGAAACAUCACCAACACACUCGCUCUACUACGAAGGCAGGUAUCAGAAGGUGUGUGGAGGACACCCGAUGACUUCAGUAGUUCAGUUUCCAGCGUGAGUGACACUGACUUCAGCAGGAGCUCUGAUCUAGAUAUUCUCAACAGCCCUUCUCUAAAUCUGCCCGACCUCGGGGGCACCUUAUCAGCCACUGCCUCUCUUUCUGCCUCCCUGGGCACUAAUACCACAAAUCCUGGCCUGACGAGUGCUUCUAGUAUAGGAGGCACCACUAGUCUAUCUAACGUGCUCGGCUCCACUCUUGGUGCCAGUAUGAGCAUCGGUGGUAUUCCUGGCAGCACCACGCUGGGUAACUGGCUGGCAGGAGCCAGGGCAACAGAUCCCAUCAUGCCUGAACUGGACGGCACCUCCGCAGGUCCAAUAAAGACCAGCGGCUUGGAAGACCUUCCCGCACGCAGAGAAUCUGACAAAGGAGUGUCUGUGGAGGUCCGACUGGCUGCAGAGCGAGACUGGGAGGAGAAGAGAGCCAGUUUGACUCAGUUCAGCGCUCAAGACAUCAAUCGUCUGCUGGAGGAAACUCAAGCUGAGCUGAUGAAGGCCAUUCCAGAUCUGGACUUUGCCGCCAAGCAGAUCACGAAACCGGCUGUACCGCCAAAACCCCAGCUGUCCUCCCUCCCAGCGCACGGCUCAACAUCUUCUACUCCUAGCUUAACACCUGAACAUCAGCCCAGCAAAACCCCACCAAAACCACCCAGCAAAGACGGCAUCCCACGCAGGGGUUCAGGGGAUUUGACAGUGCCACGGUAUCGUACAGAGAAGCUGUCCAAGUCUCCACCCCCUCCUCCUCCGCGACGAAGUUUCCCAUCAGGCCUUGGGCUCACGACCAACAGCAGUGGAGAAGUAAUCACCAUAAACAAGAGUGUGAAGAAAUUGGAGAAGAUGGAGAACAGAGAGGAGGCUGAAGUACCGACUCAAUCCCAGACGCCUCCUGUCAAACUGAGACGUCCGUCGACUUCCGAUGGGCCCCGACCAUCAUCCACACCUCCGGUCAUCGCUGCUUCUGGGAUGAAGGAAGAUGAGGAUGAAGAUGAGAAGAUAAUGGCAGAGCUGGAGGCAUUUCAGAGAGCCCCAGUGAGACUGAGGGUCACUGCUGAGGCCCAAAGCCCUGCUGAGGUCACUCCUAACAGUGUUGACAGGGCAGGCCAGUGGAUCAGCAACUCUCUGUGGAGAGAGGUAACGUGUUAACUGCCAAUCCUUCCUCUCAGGCCUCCCUAUAACUUCUGGCAUUGAGGUUUUUCCUGAACCUUACUAAUGCA